UUGCGUUGUUUUGGAGAUAAAAUGUCAAGAACACUUGCCAAUUUCAUCAACACCGGCCCCAGAACCUCAGUGUAUACACCGUCAGAGCCAGCCAUUGGCGAGCUCGUGAUAAUAUGUACAUGGCUAGGUGCAGCAGCGAAGCAUAUCAACAAGUAUGUAGCAAUGUACCAACGAAUCGCACCUGGAGCACGCAUAUUGCUUAUCGAAUCGGCUGUGCCCAUCCUGGUGAGCAGUUAUGCCCGUCAACACAAGCACAUUCAAGCGGCAGUACGUACAGUCAUGGACACAGUAGCAGAAUGUGACGGAAACGGUCUUGUCACGACAGAGAAAAAGCCAGUCCCGAGUCCCAAGAUACUGCUCCAUGCUUUCUCGAACGGCGGUACCAACACAGCAACUCAGCUUCUCAUCGUCCUCCGUCAGAAGAGUAAGGGACCUCUGCCUUUACUCGGAAUCGUCUUCGACAGCAGCCCAGCUAAAGGCACAUAUUGGAAGAGCCACUCGGCCAUGGUCCUGAGCCUGCCACCCAACUUCGCAACCCAGCUGGUGGGAACGAUUGUGGUGCACUUUCUUCUGUGCAUGCUCUAUACGUGGAUCGCAUGCGGGAACGAAAAUCCGGCUUCUUUGCAAAGGCGGACCAUGUUAGACAAGGAGACGGUGACGGCUUCCAGCGCUACUGUGGGCGAUGAAGAUGGCAUGGGGAACGCGCGAUACAUCUACAGCAGGUCUGACCGCAUGUGCCAAUGGGGCGAUGUCCACGAUCAUGCUGAGGAAGCCAGGCGGCGGGGGUGGAAUGUGGAGGAGGUGGUAUACGAGGGCACGGCACACUGUGCGCAUUAUUCUGGAGUAGACGGCAGGCAGAGGUAUGAGGAUGUGGUGGAAAGGCUCUGGUCGGACGAGUCAGGAGUGGAGGUGGAGGCUGCAUCCAAGUGGGGUGGCGGCCCUUCCCGCCUCUCCAAGCUCUAA